GGUGUGAGAAUGUGCCUCCACCAGGGUUCCAGAACAGGAAGAGCACCUUUAGGAAUUCACACGUUGAACAAGCAAUGGCGAGUGCGUUGUCACGCGCUGAACGCAUGCUGGUCAUGUCAACUCAUUGUCAUGAGUUGGAAGAUCUUUUGCUGACGCGGGGGCAGACUGAUCUACAGGUGGUGGCAAGCGGGACAGCGGGGGGCAAUGCUGCAAUGGUCCAGAAACUCACUGACCGUAUGCUGAAGAAGUUUGACACCAACACCAAAAAAUACUUUGCUGGUCUUGCUCAGAUUGUUCAUUGUACUGAAGAGUUCAUGAUGAACGGACCAGCUGAGCGCAUUCGAGCGUCUUUGCUUGCAGUAUUCGAUGCAACACAGGCACGCAUGGAACUUCAACGAGCAAAGGAAAACCUAGAUGCACUUGAGGAUGACGAUGGACUGGACGAAGUGGAAGAGUACAAGCGGAAGGUUCACAUCAACGGCAAACAUGCUUUACAGUGGCGUUGGAGUGAGUUUGCCCAACGAAACCCUUUGCAGCGGGAUGACGAUGGAAGUGAUCAUGGAGACGACGAUUACCUAGAACCAUACAACAUGGACGACGAUGACGCUGCUGGAGGCCUAGGGCGGGCUGCUGGAGGCCUGGGGCAGGGUGCUGGAGGCCUAGGGCAGGCUGCUGGAGGCCUAGGGCAGGGUGCUGGAGGCCUAGGGCGGGCUGCUGGAGGCCUAGGGCGGGCUGCUGGAGGCCUAGGGCAGGCUGCUGGAGGCCUAGGGCGGGGUGCUGGAGGCCUAGGGCGGGCUGCUGGAGGCAACCGAGACAUGCUUGGGCUCAUGUGCUUCAAGUACAUCUCCAGUUGUUGGCCUGAGCAAUUCCUCACAGCCUAUGCUUCUCUUGGGACUGACUUCAUCGAUCCUUCCAUGAGUUGUUGUUCCGACAGUGAUGAUGAGACCGACAUUGACGACUUUGGGACAGAUCAUCGAGAUGAUGGCACGACUAAGGGGGACACUUUCAUUCGAUUCCUACCUGAGUACGAGUUUGAAGCUGCAAUAGUGCCUGGUUCGGGGAUGGUUCCAUUCUUCCACAGCAGUGGUCGUCGAUCCAUCACACGCCACAAGCUGAACAACCGCAAGCAAGACACAGUGCUCACAAAUUACGUGGCCAGCGUCAAGCAACGUGGAAUAGUGCGAGGGGUUCGUGGGGAUUGUUGGCUGAUGCAAGAUCCCGAAAGUCAAGGAGAUCAGUUCUACAGUUUGACAUGGGGGACUUUGAAUCAUGGCAGCAUCGGGAUCGACGCGUUUUACAUUGCGUGGUCUGAACCGGGUGCGCAAGAGAAUGCCAACUUGCUUGCAACGGAGAAGGAAGGGCUGGAGGCGAUAUCCUACCACAAUUCGUUCCACGUGGGCAGCAAGACAUCAUUCUUGGAGCUUAUCGCCAAGGUCGAGAAGGAAUGGGCUCAGUACAAGUUCCAGAACGGGAUUACGUCCAGGUUGUCGGACUACGAGGCAAAGUACCACCAAAUGAUUCAGAAGAACUUCCCGGAGACAUGGAGCUCUAUGAGAUCUUUUGAGGCAACUCGAUUUGUCUACAAUUCCACCUGCAAGUUCCAUGCGUUUGAAGAUCUACGUGCGGAGAUUGGGAAGAGUUGCGAUUUCUUGUGUGCUGAGCUGAACACUGACGCGACGAUCAAUGUGAUGAAGGAAUUGAUCAACUUCGUGAUCACCAACUUCAGCAAUAGUUUGGCGUGGGUUGAGAUGAAGGUCCUGAUUCUGGAGUUGGCUGCACGGAGUGAUGCAAUGGUCUUGAUGCAGCAGAUGGAUGGCAAGAUUCUUGCACCCAAACCCAAGGCGAAGGCGAAGGCGAAGGUGAAAGCAAAGGCAAAACAAGAGAGCAAGGGAAAGGGUCGUGGUGGUGGACGUGGAAAAGCAAAAGCUGCACCCAAAGAGAAAGCCCGUGGCAAAGAUGGUGAAGAUAUCAUGGAUGAACCUGAGAAGACUGCGGACUAUGUUUCCUGUCAAGUUGACGGUGUAGCAGUCCUACGAACCAAGUACUUUCUGGAUUGCCUGGUGAGUGCUAUCCGUAGUGCGCUGAUCAAUGCUCGCAAGCAGUUUGGAGUUCCUCUCGGAAGUCAGCCUGUUGAACCUGAAGCAUUACUUGGCCCACCGUCGGCGCAUGGUGAAACACUUGUUUAUCAUGAUCAUGAAGUCUUGGUCUUUCGCAAAUGCUUGCGGUUGGGACUUCUGUUUGCUCUCAAGGGACAACUCACCAUCGACAAGAAGAUCCACAGACGCUGGUCUACUUGCAGACCACACAUUCAGGUUUACGCCAAACAGUUGAUCAAACGGGUGACUGCAUCCAUACCAGCCGAAGUUGGUGGAGAUGAUGAUCGCAUGGUACAAGUUCUACACGACAGAUUGGAUGCUCAGGAACACCAACUCACACAUGAUUCAGCACUGGAUGAACUUGCUGCAGCAUUUUCAAGGUGGUAUGAUGAUGAGAAGAAGAACAUGAAUGCGGGGACCAAUCCACUUGGAGAAUCGUUGAUGGAUGAUACGGUCACCAAACAUUGCUGCUAUGGACGCAUGUGUGCAGUCUGGGAUUCCAAAUGCAGUUGUGGAGAGGGAAGGACCAACAUUGCGACUUGCAUUGUCCACAGUUCCUACAUUGACAUCUUGGAUCUUGUGUACGAAGUUGCCACGCUCGUGACAAAUGACCUACCCCAUGGUGUGAUGCAGUUUGGAUUACACUUGGGCAAAUACAUGGAGAAGAAGGCUGCUUUGCCUGAGCUUCCUGAGAACUUGGCCAGUGAGAUUUCGGUCAAACAUAUUGAACUGAUCAAGUCCAUGCGCAGCAACUACUUGUCGAGAGUUCUUGUUCGUGCGAUUGGUGACCGAAAGCUGUCUCAGGGUCUAUGUGAAGGAAAAGACAAAGACGAAUUCACUGCGACUCGAGUCAAGUCAUUGAUUGCAAAGAACUGCAAGAAGAUACUUGAGGUUGAUACAAUGCUGGGUACUCCCGAUCAGCACAUCGUGAUUUCAACAUGGAAUGCUAUCAUGAGUGACAUUCUGAAGACAGGCACUUUUCAUCCAGGUGAUGUGGUUGUGAGUUCUGAAUCAACAUCGGCCACUCAACAACGCCACGCAAAAGAUGAGGGAGGUGAUUCUGCUUUCACUUCAUCAUCCCGUACAGUAUCAUUGUGUGAGAUCUUCAUGUUCGGUCACAUCAAUCAACCCAACAAUGAUGAGAAAGAUUCUGAUGAGAACCAGAUGAUUGACAACACGGCUGAUCCAUCACAAAAGCCUGACAACCCAGACAAGCACGAUGACGAGAACAAAUCUGACAAGGACAAAGAGAAGGAGAAGGAGGAAGGCAAGGACAUUGAGAAGAAUGCUUGUGAACUCACGAAGGAGUUAGAGAAGCUUCACAAGACUCAUCAACCUGCUCUUCACUUUGAUAGCAUUGACAAGCUCUUUCUGAUUCGACUGGCGAUCCAAACCGAUUUGGUCAAACAUUUCAGGAGAGCUUUGGACGGUGACAUGCCCAACAUUGUCUUCAACAUCUCUUCGGCUCAGAAAUCGAACAAGCUGAUCGUGAUUUCAGAAACACUUCUUGAAAUUCCCGAAGUCUUUGCACGCAAUGCGUUGGUGGAACUUGGCGAUGCCCGCGGAACGACGGCAGAGAUGAAGUUAUCCCAGAUCUUCACUUCGAAAGAUGAUUGUGAACCGACAAAAGACCUAGCAAAGAAGAUUCUGGAGAAGUUUGCGCCACCCUUGAUGGUUAUCAAACGUUCUGAGAUUCGCAAGAUCAGUGUGACCAUUCCAUGUGGCACCUAUUGUGAAACAGGUGCUGAACAAAGUUUGCCCUUGAAGUAUGAGGUCGCAUCAUUGGUCUUCAACACUGAAGCUGAUCCAGUGGCUACAAUCAGGGGCAUCAAUGGUCAGGCAUACAUUCAGUUGGAACGUCAGAACAUGCCGGGCGAAGAGGUCAAGAAGAAGCGUGGAAUUACGAACGAUCUCAAGAUCGGAGAUGUGGUGAUUGGUGUUGAGUCGUCUGUGGCCGUGGAAGAGCCAACAUCCAAACGUGCAAAGUUUAGUGCUAUGAUGGUUGGCAUCACGUUGCCGCCCAUGGCUUUGUCGUGA